UGAUGGCAUUCCCAAUGGUGACAUGCUGGAUGGCACACAGAUCCAACUAAAAUCUGUUACGUUGCAAAAGUAUGUAUCUGCAGAGAAUGGGGGUGGCAUGGGCGUUACUGCAGAUAGAGAUACUGCUUCCUCAUGGGAAACUUUCAGGGUAAAUUUCCUGACCAAUCAUCGAUCUUAAUGUGUGCAUAUGAUCUCCUAUGAUGUGUAUAUGGAUUUGUUAAAUUUACUGGUUUAUAAAUUCUUAUUCACUGAGAUAGUUUAGCUAUUUUAGUUUUUUUGGUUUCUCCUUAUUUAGAUUUCAGAUAGGCACAUGGCAUUUUUGUUAUGCUGUGAGUUGAAGUUCAUAAAUAAUGCAAUAAAUUUAUUCAAUUGCGGUGUUAAAAGAAUCCAAUCAGAAUUUUGUUGAAAUUGAUGCUUGCCUAGGUGCUAGCUUGUGAAGUUGAAGAAAACUUGAAUAGCAUUUGAUCUGUUUUUUCAUGAUUGUGAACUGAAAAUUUUGUUCAGUUUUGUUAAGAUAGAGGUGGUAAAUGAUGAUGAUCUUAUCAGUGAGUUGAAGCCAUUUGUUGCAUUUGAAUAUUAAUAUGUAGAUGGGACCACAUCUCAGAUUAAUGCAACUUAAUGAAGCUUUUUGUUAAAUCAUUUUGUAUAUGUUGGGUGCUUAACUAUAAUGCUACAGUUAGCCUAUAUCAGACACCUAAAGGUGGACUCUAUUAGAGAGAUCUGAUGGUGUAUGGUUUAACCUUUCUAUUGGCGAUGCUUACUGAAUCUAGAAAUCCAUUUACUUUGACUAAGAAGUUCAUUGUUUAGUACUUUAGUUCCUACAAUUGUCCUACUUGAUCAAUAACAUCAAUCGCAACCUACAAGGGUGCGUUGUAUUGAAAACUGCAUUCAAAGCUUAAGCGGCCUUGUUUGUGAGGAGGUCUGCUAGAUAUGAUAAAGCAUUGUCUGGUCUGUUCUGUCAAGCUUAAACUCAUCUGAUAGUUCUCUAAUAUGAUGCUCAUUGAUCUUAUUUGUAUUCACUAAUUAGUAAUCUAAUUCAGUUAUGUUUUUUGAAAGAUUAAGACCGAUUCUCCUCCCUGUUUUUGUUGUUUAUAUAUUGAUAUAUAGUAUUUUGCCUGUAUAUUAACUUAUCCUUUUCAUCCCAUCUCCAUUAUUUUGAGGAGUGAUGCAAUGUAAGAUUGAAUUAGGAGACAUUCAAGCACCAUGUUGUGGUGUCUGAUUGGAGACCGGUUCUGCAGAAGCUAGGGAUCCUUGAAUAAUUGUUAUCCAUGCUAGUUGUAUGAAACUGUUAUGGCGAAUUUCUCAAUCAGAAUUUCAGUUGCGUACUGCACAAGGCAACUUUCUGGCAUGUGCUGGUGAAGGGUGCUCAGUAGAUGCAACAGUGAAUUCGUCUUCAGCAGCAGAAACAUUUUACAUUGAAAGGAAUAACAACAGUAGAAUUCACAUUAAACUAACAAGUGGGGUCUACGUGCAGGCUACUAUAGGAAAUCAGCUUACGGGAGACUAUCCAGGGAAACCAGGAUGGGAUGAUAAUGCAGCCACAUUUGAAAUGACAAUUGUCUCAAAUAACUUGCAUGGAGAUUACCAGCUUGGUAAUGGAUACGGACAUAUUGAGGCCAAAAAGGUUCUCGAGAAACAUAGAAACAGUUUCAUCACUAUGGAAGAUUUCAACUUUCUGUAUAGACAUGGAAUAAAUACUUUGAGGAUUCCGGUUGGUUGGUGGAUUGCUUUUGAUCCUGAUCCACCAGAACCCUUUAUAGGGGGGUCCUUGGAAGCCCUAGAUAAUACUUUCUUGUGGGCACAAACCUAUAAAAUAAAAUGCAUAAUUGAUCUUCAUGCUGCUCCUGGCUCACAAAAUGGUAUGGAACAUAGUGCCAGUAGAGAUGGUUCAACCGACUGGCCAACUUCUCAGGAUUACAUCUCACAGUCAUUGGAUGUAAUAGACUUUUUGGCUUCCAGGUAUGCAAGUCAUCCUGCUUUGCUGGGAAUUGAGCUCUUAAAUGAACCAUCAGCAUCCUCAGUUCCAUUAGAUAUUUUGGUUCCGUAUUACAAACAAGGCUACAAAACUGUUAGAAAAUAUUCAUCAACAGCCUAUGUGAUAAUUUGUCAAAGAAUCGGCAACGCAGAUCCACUGGAGCUCUAUCAGGCUAAUAUCGGCUCUCACAAUGUUGUAUUGGAUCUGCAUUACUACAAUCUCUUCGACACAUUCUUCGUAAAUUUGAGCAGUGUGGAUAAUAUCCUAUAUCUAUACAAGACCCGGGAAGCUCAGCUGCAGGCCCUGAACGGCGCAAAUGGUCCCCUUGUUUUUAUUGGAGAAUGGGUGAAUGAAUGGAAUGUGACAAGCGGAUUGCAGGAAGAUUAUCAAAAAUUUGGAAGGGCUCAAUUAGAGGUUUAUAAUGCAGCUUCUUUUGGAUGGGCUUAUUGGACACUCAAAAAUGACCGGAAGCACUGGGAUUUUGAAUGGAACAUCAGGAACAAUUAUCUCCAAUUCGGGAUUUCACCAAAGAGGCAAAUUUUCGAUGGUUUUGUUUUGCUUGUAUCAGUUUGUGGAUGGCUAUGUAUGCAUCAUGUGCUAUGACAAUCAAGCUGACUAGCUCCAUGAUUCAAAUAUAGAUAGAGGAAGGUGUGCCUGCACCUCGUGCCAUUCCUUCUCU